AUGUCAAUGCUAGCACCCCCAUUUCAACUCUUGGAAAUCAACGUCAUAUCAGCACAAGACCUAUCACAAGUUUCUAAAUCAAUCAAAGCCUACGCAGUUGCAUGGCUCAAUCCAGAUUACAAGUUAACCACCCAAAUUGAUCCUCACGGCCACAACAACCCUACCUGGAACGAGAAAUUCGUUUUCCGCAUCGACGAGGAUUACCUCCAAGCCGAAGAUUCCUCCAUCAUGAUUGAAAUCUACGCUUCCUCUUGGCUGCGUGAUAUUCUCAUCGGAACCGUCGACGUUCAUCUCAACAGCCUCAUACCUCGUUCGGCUAACCGCAAAUCGAAGAUCCGUUUCGUCGCAUUACAGGUUCGUCGUCCCUCCGGUCGUCCUCAGGGAAUUCUCAACAUCGGCGUUAAUCUCGUCGACGCUACGUUGAGAAGCAUGCCGAUGUAUUCAGAACUUAGCGGUUCCGCGGUUGAGUAUUACGAUUUAACAAACCCUAAAAAAGUGAAUCAAAUGGAAAACAAUAAUUAUGAUGCUAAGCUUAUUAUGACGCUUCAACGAUCGCAGAGCGAGAAAAAUGAUUCGACGAUUAGUGAUUAUAUUUAUAAUCCUGACGGAAAAAACGGUUACGGUGAUGAAUCUGAAUCGGAAAUCGGUGUUCCGAAUCCGACUGGGAGGAAAGGUGUGAUCGUGAAUGCAAACGGAUCAUUAUGCUCUGACGUUGGACCUUCUCCGUCGGUUGUCGCAGCGGCCAUAGCAAAAGGACUAUAUCCAUUGCCAUUGCAGAUGCCGCGUAAGACAAUGAAUUCAACUUCAAUGUUUGAGAAAUGGCCGCAGGAGAAAGAGAUUGGCGGGGAACGCCUGAAUAUGAAGAUGGAUCGGUGGAGAACGCUAGAGCUGCCUCCGCCUGUGUAUGCUCAUUCGGGGGAGAAUAAUAAUAGCUUCGAACAGAAUAAGGCGGGGAAACCAACGGCAAAAGGGAAACGUAAGAAUCAAAGAUCAAGGCGAAAUGGACCAUUUUCGUGCUUUGGAACAGCUUUAGGGUGUGAGAUUUCGAUAACUUGUGGCGGGGGUAACAGUAAGAAGAGGUCUGGGGGUGGCAAUAAGCCUCGAGCUAUUACAGAAUCUGAACUUACUUAUGAUGAAUCCUCAUAUAUGGGAUGA